AUGGCAUUUAGCUUUCCAUCUCGUGGCGGCGACCCAAUGCUUGAGUCGUUCUACACGACAGAAUACACAUCAAAAUACUGCCGUCCACAAACUGUUGGAUAUGCAACUCGCAGUCUCAACGUUAGCGGCGGAUCUGGAUCAAAUUCAGGCGUUAUGUCAAGAUCCAUCACUGAGCCCGUGGCAAAGGAUAAAAAGCUUGAUCCAUUUUACACAUCUGAAUACGUCGCCAAAUAUCGUCCACCUCGUACACGUCAAUUAAGAACUCGUAGUUUGUCCGUUGAUGAAACAGAAAUUCCAGCAGAUGCUACACUUUCAUCGGGUGAAACAUCCAGUGGUCCGAAAGCUUCUGGUUUUGCUUCUAAUCAGCAUGUUUCUUCAAUGCUUCUCAACAAGCUUGACGACAAGGACCAAUUCCUUUCAACAAGUCAUGCUACACACUCCAAGUAUUCAACAAUCUUUACCUUAAUGGAACCAAGAUCUGUCGGAUUAAGCACAAUGGAACGUUCUGGUUACUGGAACGAGCCAGAACCAGGUGCUGCUACAAAGACACCAGCUCAGAGAACCGCUGAAAUAAAGACACGUGAUAUCCAAACAGCUGUUCCACCAAAUUCUCUCAAGAUGUUGAAGCGCAAGAACCCAGUCGAAGCCGAAAAUGGUGGCAAGGGUCCAGAAUGGGGAUCAACAACUACAGGAUCAACAUACGUUAAGCACGAAUCCAAUCAUGACCGUUAUUGGCGUACAAAUCGCGACCUCAUCGGUAAGAAAGAGGCCGAUUCAUUCACACGCCAGCACCUUACAAUCAACCAGCCAGCUAUCGUUGAUCAGGUCUCUACAACUCAUGAUACAUAUCGUCAUCCUCCUCAUCGUGGCUCUCCUGUUAUUCCUAACCGUACAGCCAUUGAGCAAUCCGGCUAUACAUACUCACAGAUCCCUACAGCCAACAAGACUCGCCCACUUUCCGAUAAAACAGCUGAAGAUCUUCAUCCAACAGAAGUUGCUCGUCUUAAACGCGUCAAUACUCCAGAGUAUCAGAACCUUUACAAUCCAGAUCCAUGGGUUUCAACAGCCCAGAUCUCAUUCCAGCAGCCACCAAAGACAAGAGCAAUUACAGCUGUUGGACCAACAAGACGUGGACUUACAGGCUUCUGCACAAACGAGUCAGUUACUGCUGGUGCUCCAGGCGAUGCUCGCGAGUUCCAGACUGGCAUCUCUGAGAUGAAGGACAAGUACACUGACCCACACAUCAAACUAAGGUCUAUGAAGCAACAAACUGCCAAUGUUGUUGAAAGAUCUGGUUAUUGGGGCAAUGACAAUUAG